AUGGCUACGAGUAGGGCUUUUUCUGAAGAAUUAUUAAGAGAGAUUCUAUUGAGUUUGCCUGUGAAAUCGUUGCUAAGAUUCAAAUGUGUAUGCAAAAAUUGGGGCAGUCUUAUCAAUAACCCUAGCUUUACUGUAGACCACUUGAAUUUAAGUAAGAAGAAGAAGCCUCCGCAACACUUGAUUUAUGAUUAUGGUGCAACCGAUGAUGCCCCUACUGUUACUUUGGUUUCCGAUAAGGGUAUAGAUGAACAAAAUUUCCAAAGGUUUGGAGAUAAUAUUACCAACAUGUUAGGUUCUAUUGAUGGCGUGUUUUUCAUAGAAAGACAAAUUGAUAAUGCCAUUUUGUGUACAUUAUGGAAUCCAGCUAACAGAGAGGUGAGACACCUCCCUGCCACCACAAUUAGCUUUGAAUAUUUUAUAUGUGAUCGCCAUUUAGUGUUUGGAUUAGAUCCUAUGACUAAGGAUUAUAAAGUGAUUUAUUAUAAUCACAUGGAAGAAUAUGCAGCGAUCUACUCAUGUUCUAGGGAUUCAUGGAAAAUAUUCAAACAUAAUCUAGACGUACAUCAAAAUCCUAGUACGUGUGUACGAAACUUUUAUAGCAGUGUUGAUUAUCUGAAUGGUUAUUAUUAUUGGCUGAUAAAGGAGGUCACAAAUAAACUUAGUAUUCUUUCAUUUGACUUUGGGAAUGAGGUGUUUGUAGAGAUGGAAGGGCCAUCACGUGGUCACGAGGAUUAUAAUUGGUCGGCAGAACUAAUGUUGCUUGGUGACUCCGUUGGCAUCUUGAACUCUGUCGACGGGUUUGUUAAUGAUGUAUGGGUAAUGAUACAACUAGGCGUUUGGAACAAACUUCUGACCAUUCAUCUCACUACGCCUGUUAAGUCAUUUUAUGACAACUCUUUUAUUUUGGUAACUAAAAGUUCCCGGCUGGUCUCAUAUAAUGUUAGGACAAACAAGACGAGGCUUUUUGAAUAUCGUCAUCCGGGACUGAAGUCGAAUCCACAGUGUGGUGGCUGUGGGGUUUACUAUUAUAAAGAGAGCUUAGUAACAAUUAAACGACAAGGGAAUAGUGAGCUCCACCUCAGUCGUUGUUUGACAAAAGUGAUGAACAUAUAUUAA